AUGGCUCCCUACGUUCUGGGGCUCGUCAUUUUCAUCGCCGUCGCGGUGGCGGGCGGGCUGAUGUGGUGGAACCCGCACAUCGAGUUCCACAAAGCCCCGGCCAGCAAAAAGGACAUGUCACGCGACGAGGUUUUCGCACACUUGCAAAACCACACGAUUCUACAUCUCGGUGGUAUGCACUUCACCGGUCUCACUUUGCUGGCCGAAGCCGUGAGUCAAAGUAGCGACGUCGCCGGGAUGCGGCAUCAAGAGGGCUCAGACCGGCGCAAGGCACAUUGGGUAAGCGACAUCUCCAACGAUGGCAUCUUCCUGCAGAGUGUCUAUCCGAAGUUCGGAUUAGAUCACAAGCAGUUCUUCUUCCGGAAGUGGGUCAGCAAGUACGCCAAGAAGAUUUUUCCACAGUCGAUGGUGGAGAAGUCCAACUGGAUGACGCUGCGGGACGGCAUCGGCCGCUUCGCUUUGCACCCGGAUCAUCGCGUGAACGAGAAAUCCUCUCUGGUGGAGCCGAGGGCGCAGGUUCACCUCUUCAGCGAGUGGGCGCUGUUUUGGGAUCUGGGCAAGAAGGUUUUGUUGGAGAAGUCGCAUUCCAACCUCGUGGCCUCCCCCUUCCUCCACAGCCUCUGGGGCCUGGAUCGAACGUCGAGCCCGGCACGCUUCGUCUUCCUGCAGCGGCAUCCGCUGGCGCUGGGCCUCUCGACGAUCCGGAGGGCGGGGCGCGUGGUGGACGACCUUUCCUUGGAAGACAUCAUCGCAAACUGGCUGGCUGGAGAGGAGCGAAGAGUGGAGGAUUGGCGCAACUACUUCGAGAAGUACGGCGUCGGCAAAGAUGCCUACCGCGUGAUGCAGUUUGAGGAUAUCCUCGCAGACCCUCGGAAGGCCCUCACAGAGCUCUUUGAGUGGCUCGGUGUGCCGGCAGAAGAGUCCGCUCUUCGCUUCAUUCAGGGGAAACUUAGCAAAGAUGCCAACGAGAAGCACUUCGGGCUUUACUGCGACCACUUAGUCCAUGGAGACCACCGGGUCAUCGACGAGCACCACAGGCUCGUACAAAGAUUCCGGUCCAGAGUCUUGGCCGUCUCCUCCUACGACCUCGCAAAGGUGCCCCAGAUCUGUCGCGAGGUGCUCCUCGGGGAAACCUCGUCGGCCUCAGUGCCGCAGAACGAGCGCUCCGAGGUCGAAGCGAAGCUCGCCGAGGAAGAGGCUGCCGAGGCAGCUAUGGACGGCAAGAAACGUUGA